GCCAUUGAACAGCCAGCACCAUGUCUACGAUCCUGAGAACCCUGCGCAACUUGCGCAGAAUUGGUUUCAAAGAAGCCGGUCACCAAAUGCAAUACAUAGGUGAUACCAAAGCCGGAACGUUUAUCGCCAAGGACAAGUUCGGAAACAAAUACUACGAGAACCUAGAGGAGGAAUUGCCCUUGCGGACAAGAUGGGUGGACUACAAGGAGAAAGAAGUCGACCCAACACAAAUCGAGCCCGGAUGGCAUGCCUGGCUUUCAUAUAUGGUUGACAAGCCUCCCACCCAAGACCCUAUCCUCCAAACGGGUGUACGGGCUUGGGAGUUGCCGGAACACCGACCGAACCCCAGUGCAUCCCGUGGUGCUUUCAAAACAUACUCUACUACCAAGCCAAAGAUCACUGCGUGGGAACCCAAAGUAGAGCAGAGGGUAUAGUCGCCAUAGUUGGAACUUGGUGGGGGUUCACUGUUUGUACAUAACGCGGAAGAAUCGGCGCUAUCUCACUG